AUGUCCAGUCUACACAUCCUUCUAGUCUCAACACAGCCGGCAGUGCCGGUACCAUACAACCUUUUCUGCCAAGGCCCGUCGCUGCAUCUCCGUCUACUCCGUCGUCUCCCACCCGAGCAAACGGGCGAAACGGGUCAGCCCGAAGGUCAGUGUGAUUAAUCUUAUCGGCAUCUCUAUUCUCGGUCACAUAUACGUCCGCGAUAGCCAGAUUAGCAGACGUUUCCUGGUCGAUACUGGUCCUCAGUUGAGUGUCAUCCUCCCAAAGCAACCGACCGUCGAUGCUUCAACUCCGGCCUCUUCCUUCCAGCCGUCGACACCUCCCUGAUCGUUACCUUCGGUACCUGCUCCCUCUCCCUGGACAUAGGACUCCGGCGUCUCUUUCCUUUGGCCUUCGUCAUUGCUGACGCUCUCUGUGCAUUCUUGGCACAGACUUCCUUUCAGCUUCCGAUCUUCCGUUCGGCUUCUGACGGUCUCCUAUACACGGCCAAACCCCCAGUCUCACCGUCUGGGGCAUCCCUUCCUCCGAGGUGUCUCGCCACCUUGCCAUCCUGAACCCUGACCCUGAUAGUCCAUUCCGGCAGCUCUCCGCCACAUACUCUUAUCUCACCCGUCCUUACUUCAAUGCUCUGCCCCUCCGCACGAUUUUGUCCAGAAUGUCCGUACCACUGGUUCUCUCGUGUUUUCUCGCCAGCGCCGUUUCGCGUCUGCACGUAUUUCGGCUGCCGAGGCUGAGUUCAAGCACACUUUUCACAAGGACAUCUUCAGUCAACCUGAAAGCGCUUGGGCUUCGCCCCUCCACAUGGUUCCCAUGGCCACCACUGCAGCGACCAUGUGCCCUUGAACAACGCUAUCAUCCCGAACUGCUAUCCAAUCCCGCAUCCUCAGGAUUUUGCUGGUACCUUAUCCACCAAGUCUGUCUUUUCUAAUAUCGACCUGGUCCGAGCUUUCCACGAAAUUACCGCCGUCUCGGAGGACGUUUUGACAACGGCUGUCACCAUCCCGUUGGCCACUCCGAGUUCUUACGUAAGCCGUUUGUACUCCGCAAAGCUUUCCAAAUCUUUCAGAGGUUCGUUCACGGAAUAUUUCAUGGCCUAUCCUUUGUCUAGGCCCAUAUUGACGAUCUUUCGAUAGCCAGCUCGACCUCCGAAGAAAAGGUGGAACAUCUCGUGUGUUUGGCCGCCCUCAAAAAUUUGACCUUGUUUUCAACCCCUCCAAGAGUGUCUUCGGUGUCCCCUUCCUCGAAUUUCUCGAACACCUGGUCAACUCCAUAUGCAUCUACUCUUUUCCUUCGAGGGUCGCAGCCAUCCGCGAAUUCCUACCUCCUCCACUGCCAAGCGUCAACUGCAGCGCUUUUCUUGGUAUGAUGGACUUUUGUCGCCGAUCCGUUCCAAGCUGUGCCGACAUCAUUCUGCAGCUCAUGAACCUCCUUUUAUGUCCCACAUGUUCGCUCAAACUUUCCGCAGACGAUCUCUCUGCUUUUGGGAAGGCGAAAGCCGCCCUGGUCGGCGCCACCCUCCCGACCCACAAUGCUUUCGAGGCGCCUAUUUCACUAAUGGUCUAUCCCUUCAAUGCUGCAACCGGCCCAGUUCUCCAGCAGCACCUCGCAGGCCAGACCCAACCCCUACUUUUUUUUCUCCAGAAAGUUAUCACCUGA